AUGCUAGACAAGUUGGGAGAAGAAUUUAACAGUAGUGAAAUUCUCUUGUUCUUUGUCAGUGUCAUCAUGUCUGAGGACUGGGGUGCUGCUGAUGAUGCCGCACCAGUAGUAGUUGCACCUGAAGUGCAGGACAUUAAACUCUUUGGAAAAUGGAGCACUGAUGAUGUGCAAGUCAGUGACAUCAGUUUAACUGUAAGUGUGUUAUUUCCUUUUGCUGUCUGCCAAUGGUUGAUCAGCUGUUUGCUUUGUCAGUGGCUUGGGGGCUUAUUUAUCAAGGAAAACUUAUAAUUUUUGAGAAUAAAACCUCCUGGCUUGUGUUUAAAUGCAAUUAAGGAUGGUUUAAAUUAGUGCUGCUUUAUACUUGUGUGGUUGGUUCACAUUGAUUAAGGUUGUGGUUUUCAACUCAAUAUAAUAGAAACAGGCCAGCUUUUAAAGCUGCCACUUCACAUUCUUGGCCUCUUGGGAUGUACCAGUUAGUGUUCUGUAUGCAAGAAUUAAAAUCAGGGAUGCAAGUCAAUCACUGAAGGUUGCAUUGAAUCAAGCUUUCAACUUGAUAGGUUUGAUGUAAUUUUGCUUUUUUUUCUCUCACAAUGAUCAGGAUUAUAUUGCAGUUAAAGAGAAGUAUGCCACAUAUCUUCCUCACACUGCUGGGCGAUAUGCCUCAAAAAGGUUUAGGAAGGCACAGGUAAUAAUUGAAAAGUAUUUGUUACUAUCAGCAAACUAAUCAAAAGCUGAAACCUGUUCUUUAAACAGAAUGAAAAUGACCUUGUGGCUUAUUCUCACCCAUGAAAAUAGAGGGUAGACUUAAAACCCUCAGGCCAGUUACUAUGACAAGAUGUUGCCAUUUUUUUGUUUUUAUGAUCUAAGCCUUGAUUUCUGUGAAUAGUGGUCAAGAAUUUUAAUUAGCUGAUAAUGAAAAAAACUUUUAUUUAGUUCAAACAAGCCAAUUGUAUAGAAAUCCUGUACAGUGAUUGUUCAAAACUAUGGCAUUUAAAUGUCAGGCUAAGUGCUUUUUCAGAGUAAAGUUUGUUCUUUGAGUCAAGGUUAAGCUGUGAUCCACCUUUAUGGCCUUUUUUGAAGUGAGAUAAUAUUUUCAUGGGAUAUCUUAGCCUUGUGAAAGCUUCAUGAGCAUAUCAUCAUGCAGUGUAACCAUUUUUCUGUUAGUGUCCCAUUGUGGAGCGACUUGUCAACUCUAUGAUGAUGCAUGGCCGUAACAAUGGCAAGAAGCUGAUGACUGUCAGAAUUGUAAAGCAUUCAUUUGAGAUCAUCCAUCUGUUAACAGGAGAGGUGAGGAACAACAGAGAACUAUUUUCAAUUUGAGCAGUCUGGAAACUAUUUUAUCCUGCCCUGUCAGCUGAUUCUCUUGUUAGUGAUAAGAUCGUAAAUUUCAAUUACCAUCAUUCAAGGAUGUACACUUAUCCAGGUGCAAAGCUUUGUAAGUAUGAUGCAAACACAGAGGGAGAUCUUUGGGAAUUCUAAAGCUUUUGUUAGCACAAGCUGCUAGCAGGGGUUACAAGAGGCACUUCAGUUUCUCUUGGCAAAAUCCAUCUACUGAUUUUAAAUGAUGUUAAAAAUCUGUCUGUGUUCAGAACCUUUUUACUUUUACAGUCUCUCAUUCCAGACUCAUUUCGCCAUUUUUUCUUUCUUCCUUUGACUUCUUUUUGUACAAGGCUGAAAAAGAACACUAAAGUUGUUGAAAAAUUUGUAGACCAAAGUCAGCAGACUGCAAGUUUUUAGAGUAAAACUUCCCUUUCCCUUUCCCUUCCCUGUAGAAUCCUCUGCAGGUUUUGGUCAAUGCCAUCAUCAACAGUGGCCCCCGUGAGGACUCCACCCGCAUUGGUCGUGCUGGUACAGUGCGUCGUCAAGCUGUAGAUGUGUCACCCCUGAGGCGUGUCAAUCAGGCCAUGUGGCUGCUCUGCACUGGUGCUCGUGAGUCAGCAUUCAGGAACAUCAAGUCCAUUGCAGAAUGUCUUGCUGAUGAGCUCAUCAAUGCUGCCAAGGUCUGAAUUGCAUUUAAUGCUAAAUGUAUUUAAAUAAGUGUACAUGUAAUAUGUUUUGCCAAACUAGGCCAACUGGCUUUUGACCUAAAUACAAGAUUUUCUUUAACCCUUAAACUCCCAAGAUCUUAUCAGUAAUUCUCCUUACUAUCUGCCCAACAAUUCUCAUUAUGUUUUGGAGAAUCUGGUAUCGGAUUAAUUAGUAAUCCCACAAUCAAUAUUUUUCUUUAUUCUCAUCACUUGUCUGCAUGAUAUUGUAUAGGUAUAGUAAUGAGAAAUUCUGUCUUGGUCUCUCAUGGGAGUUAAAGGGUUAACUAAUUUUGCUGCAUUUCCAAGCCUUAAUUUACCACUACAAUUUUUAAAACAUUACAUGACGCUUUCAGUAGGUGCCCUCUCUGGCCAAGUAGAUGCUAAUGUUUCCAAAGGCUUGAUGAUUUUCUGUUGUGUCUUAUACUUUCCUUUUUUCUUCUCUUUUCAGGGUUCAUCAAACUCUUAUGCUAUUAAGAAGAAAGAUGAGUUGGAACGUGUUGCCAAGUCUAACCGUUAAAAUAUCAAAACUGACAGCAGAACAUAAUAAAAAUUGUUUCUGAAUGGAAGACCUUGUCUCCUUCUCUGUGUUCACUGUUCAAUGUAAGGUUUUCACUCAGGAGUGAAGGUUGAUAGUGGAGUCUAUGUCUGGUAGAGGGUAGUCUUGAAAUGGAAUGUUAGCAGAUAGAAGUGCAUCUGUACAUGCAGUGUUCUUCCUUAUUUUAUGCAUGACAAGUAAA